AUGACCAUGGGAAAUUCAGCAGAGGAGGCCGACUACCUGACCAGGAUGGACACGGAAGUGAAGCUCCCUCGCCCUAAUCGGUUCAAAAACAAGACCCCUGCUCCCAUUCAAAUCACGGCGGAGCAACCGCGAGGCACGCGAGCGGCAGGAAGCCGAGAUCCGCCGCCCUCCAAACCACCGAUUCGGGUGAGCUCGCCGACUACCGCUUCCGAAAGAGGAAGGAAUACGAAGACAUGA